UCAGUACGGUAAUAAUUAUAAAACUAGGGGGGCUAACUCACCUACUUUUUGAGUGGCUCCGGUAUUUGUUAUCAAUUACAAUUCGAAAUUAGUUUUUCGAUAAUGUUUAUGGAUUGAUAGUGUUUUUUUUAUAAAUUUAAAAGUGCAUAAAAUUAACAUUUUUGAGCAGAACAUUCCUUACAACUCUAUUUCAAUGCACGUUAUUUUUUGUACAAUAAGCUUAUAACUUAAACUUUUUAGUGAAUAUUUUCCUUUUUAAAUGUGAUUGCAAUUAGCUUAUAUAUCUGAUUUCGAAAAUAUUAAGAACAAAACCCAAUGCAGUAAAGACGCGGCGUGUGUAAAAUCUGAGUAAAUGAAAAACUAACAGUAAUGAAAAUCUCUAUCAUAAAACAUUUCGGCGAAUAUGUGUUAUUUUGAAAAAUAAUAAUAUUUCUAUUAUUACAACGACAAAAACAUUGUUAAAUGUUUUUUUUUUGGUUGGUUUUCACUGUAAAAGUAAACUGAAUUAUAUUAUGGAUUUUAUAUAACCGAGUAGAUCAAAGUAUUAUCUUUAAUUAAUGAAUGCCUGAUCUUAAAUUCGGAAAAAAGUGGAUAAUGCAUUUCUAUUGCUAAACUUAAACGAGUAGCAUUUUCAUAUUAAUAUUUACAAUGUUGUGUAAUAAUAUUCACAAAGUUAAACAUCUAGAAAAGAUGAAACGGUUUUAAUAACCAACAUGAAUAACAACAAUUCAAACAUUAUCGAAAUGACUAAUUGGAAUUUUCCUGAUAAUUGUACAAAUUCUGAACAAUAUUGUAAAAAUAGAGCUGGAUGGUCUAAUUAUGAAUUCAAAGUUUUUUUCUUCAUCAUAGGAUCAGUAGUAGUUAUUAUUGCACUAUUGAGAAAUGGAUUCGUGUGCUAUGUUGUAAAAAUUUCAGUCCAUAUUCAUAUGUUUAUUAAUAAUUUUAUCGUGAACAUUUCAGUUUGUAACUUACUAAUAUCGUUACUAUAUUUUCCAUUAUUAAUUUACUUUUUGAUAUUGAAUUACUGGCCCCACUAAGUGCAAACAUUUGUAUUAUGUAUACGUAUAUGACUGCGGUUGUUGUCCAGGUUAGUACAUAUACAAUGGUGGCCAUAGGUAUUAAUAGAUUCAUAGUGGUAAUAUGGCCUAUUAAAAGGCAAAUAAAUAGACAUUAUACCAAAACUAUAAUAAUGAUUGUAUGAUUUAUACCAAUCAUAUGCUUUUAUCCAAUUAUAUAUAUUACUAAAAUAUGACUAUCAACUUUAUGGUAUCAGACAAAUCUAAAUCAAUGGAGAGAGGAAAUUUAAAAAUCGAAAAUUUGUAUUAUAUUUGCUUUAAGAAAUGUUGUCUUUAUAUUUAGAAUUCGUCGUGGAAAAAUGAAAAUUUACAAAAUAUUAAUAAUUAAGUAUCAUUAAUCAUGCAUAUUAUUUUACCAAUAUCUACUUUAACUAUUGUAUAUUCGAGUAUUGGAAUUUUUUUAUGGCGAAAGAAAAUUCCAGGCGAAGCGAACAACGCUCGGGAUUAUUACAUUACAAGAUCAAAAAUUAAAAUAAUCAAAAUGAUGUUUAUUGUUGUAAUUGCAUUUAAGAUUUCUUGGCUACCAUUAAGUGUGUGUCAUGUGAUUUAGGUGAACAAUCAUGAAUAAAUCUGGAAUUGAAGAUAGCUCAUUUAACUUUUCGGAUAUAUUUUCAGUAACUUCGUGUCAACCAAAACCAUUUGAGAAGCCUUUAGAUUUGAUUAUAGCAAAAUGUAUAGCUCUUGUAAUAGGCUUACUUGUUAUAGUAAUUGCACUUAUUGGAAAUAGCCUAGUAUGCCAUGUUGUAUUACCUUAUAAGCAAAGGAUGAAAGUAAUCAAUGUAUUAAUAAUGAAUAUAGCAGUUUGUGAUAUAAUGAUAGCCAUUUUCCAUUUGGCAUAUUUGCUAAACAUAAUAUUCUUGAAUUAUUGGCCCUUUGGUUACAUUCCAUGUUGUGUCUAUACAUAUAUUUAUAAUUCAAUACUCGAAGUUAGCACUUUUACCAUGGUGGCUAUCAGUAUUGAUAGAUACAUAGCAGUAAUGUGGCCUUUCAAGAGUAGAUCUAAUGGCCGUAAAGCCAAGUACAUCGUUUUUAUAAUAUGGAUGUUAGCUGCAUUGACAUCAGCUCCAUUUUUAUUUUCAAAUGCACUACAACAACCUUCUAUUUGGUACCAGAAAUGCGGUCUUUAUAUUUGUUUUCCUAAAAUGGAAGGCAAUAUUGAUGGUUUUUACAAUGAAAUUUUGAGAGCAAGUCAUAUUUAUGUACCAUUUAUUGUGCUAUUAUUUACGUACAUUAGUAUUGGAGUAGUUUUAUGGCGUAAAAGAACACCAGGCGAAGCUCAAAAAUCAAGAGAUCAAAAAAUGGUGAAAUCAAAAAUUAAAAUGGUAAAGACAAUGUUAGUCGUUGUAAUAGCUUUUAUGAUUUGUUGGAUGCCGUUUGGUUUUUAUUAUAAGUUUGCUAAAGUUGAGUUAUGGGUAUCAAUGUGCACUUGGAAUGAAUAUGCACCGGUAACAUUUUUACUAUAUUUGUUCGGCAUGUCACAUACUUGUCACAAUCCAAUUAUUUAUUUUUGGUUGAAUGACGAAUUUCGAAGAGGUUUUUACGCCGUAUUUCGGAAAACGCCAAUACUUAGAAGAUCGAAAAUUGUUCAACGAUCCGCAGGAUUAGUUCCAUUGAAGGUAAAAAUAUCAGAUGCAAGUUCAACGCGAAGUCAACCAAGCGUCUCAACAAUAAAUGCAAACUUUAGUCAAUCAUACAGCUAAAUUAUUAAAAAUCAAUCAAAUGUUUUGAAGAAAAUAAAAAUUUCUAAAAUUUUAUUCCUUAAAUCAUUUUUGUCGAUAAUAUUCUAUCAUUUCAAAUAAAACUUUUAAAUGACAUCGGAUAAUUUUUUAUAAUAGUUAAAAUACAAAUUAUUUUUAAGUCAUAUGCCACGUAUAAUUUAACAUAACAUUAUGUUUAAAUUUAUGUUGGGUUACAGUGACAUAGUAUUUUUUUGGGAGUGUUUGUACAAAAAAUAUAUGAACGCAUAACAUUUUUCUAGUUAUUCUCAACUUGAUAAUUAUACUUAAUGCCUGAUUUGAAAAUAAAGCUGAUUGAAGAGACAUUGGCAUUUUUUUCUUUGGCGAGCCACUGUCACAAUAUUAGCAAAAGUAAAAUAGAAUUUAAUUUUUAAAAAAAUUGUUGUAUAAUUAAUUUGCUUUUGUAUAUAUUUUAAAUUUUUAUUUACUUUUUAGUGAGAAUUAUUAUAUUUUUAUGUGUUACAUAUAUAUAUGUUGAUAAUAUAAAUGAUAUAGAUAUCUUGAAACUCAGUUUUUGGCCAUAUACUAGUUUUCAUGCAUUUUAUGUAAUGCACUAUUUUUAUUAAUGAAGUUCUUCCUACUAAUGUACCAAAUGGUUUACAUGUUUUAAAACUUCAUCAUUUAAUAAAAUCAAAUUAAAUUUUAUUUAUAUUUUAGCUACUAA